UCAGCUGGACUCAACUCACGCGGGCUAGUGAAGGAUAAGCUGCUUAUGAAGAUAUCAAAUUAUUCAGAGAACGUCUUUGAGUUUCUAGGAGACUAUAGCUCAAAGCACAAAAGGGCUGCCCCCUCUGAGUCACUAAGACAGUUGACGUUAACAAAUACAGAGCAUUCAAAUGGAGCCACAGGACCUGACCGAAACCAUAACCACAAUGGAGGGAACAGCAUUAGAGGUUAUGGCAGCAUUACUGCUAUUCCUACUCAUCAUUUUAUUUGCAGCCUGUAACAGAAAAGACAAAUCCACUGUACCAGGCCCCUGUUGGUUGCUGGGUCUUGGUCCCACUCUGAGCUAUUCUAGAUUUCUGUGGACUGGUAUUGGAACAGCCUGCAAUUACUACAAUGAAAGAUAUGGCAGCAUGGUGCGGGUUUGGAUUCAAGGAGAGGAGACACUUAUUCUAAGCAAAGCCUCUGCUGUGUACCAGGUUCUGAAGAGCAGUAACUACAUUGCCAGAUUUGCCAGUAAGAAGGGACUCCGAUGCAUUGGAAUGGAUGAGCAAGGCAUUGUCUUCAACAGCAAUGUUCUGCUUUGGAAAAAAGUGCGCACAUAUUUUGCCAAAGCCUUAAGUGGUCCUGGUCUGCAGAGGACAGUGGGAGUAUGUGUCAGUGCAACCACAAAGCACCUUGGCAACCUAAAUGAGCUCACUGACUCCUCCGGUCAUGUGGACGUUCUGAACUUGCUACGCUGUAUUGUGGUGGACAUUUCCAACCGACUCUUCCUCCGAAUCCCUCUCAACGAGAAAGACCUGCUAUUGAAGAUCCACAAAUACUUUGACACCUGGCAAACAGUCCUCAUCCUGCCUGAUAUUUUCUUCAGACUAGGCUGGAUGUGUAAUAAACAUCAACAAGCAGCGUUAGUUCCCUAUCAAAUAGAAAAUGACAGCAUGGAACUACAGGAGGAGAUGGGGAGCUUAGUGGAAGAAAAGCGCAAUGCGAUCAAUGCCAUGGAGAAACUAGACGAGUCUGACUUUGCAACAGAGCUGAUAUUUGCACAGAACCACGGAGACCUGUCAGUGCAUGACGUGCGACAGUGUGUGCUGGAGAUGGUGAUUGCAGCACCAGACACGCUGUCGCUCAGUCUCUUCUUUAUGUUGGUGCUGCUGAAACAGAACCCAACAGUGGAGCAGCGUAUAGUGCAGGAGAUGCACUCUGUUCUAGGUGAGCGGGAGUUGGAGAAUGAUGACCUACAGAAGUUAAAUGUGAUGGAGAGUUUUAUAAAGGAGUCGCUACGCUUCCAUCCUGUGGUGGAUUUUAUUAUGAGGAGAGCACUUGAAGAUGACUGCAUUGAGGGCUACAAGGUGACCAAAGGGACAAACAUCAUUCUGAACAUUGGGCGUAUGCACAAGUCUGAGUUCUUCCCUAAACCCAAUGAAUUCAACUUGGAGAACUUUGAUAAAAAUGUGCCGAGUCGCUUCUUCCAGCCAUUUGGUUGUGGGCCACGUGCGUGUGUGGGGAAACACAUCGCCAUGGUGAUGAUGAAGGCCAUCCUAGUGACGCUACUGUCACGGUACACAGUGUGCCCUCGGCCCGGCUGCACUGUCAGCAACAUCAGGCAGACCAACAACUUGUCUCAGCAACCAGUGGAGGAGGAGCCGCAGGGCCUGGCCAUGCGCUUCAUACCCCGCACCCACACCAGCCAACCCUGAUACCCCAUGCCCACCCAGCUAGUCCGGCAAACCCGAGGCCACACCAACUAGCCCUGAUACCUUGUGCCCACCCCAGCCAGCCAGCCCUGAUACCACGCAAACACCCACACAGGCUUCUGUCCAGCCAUCUCAAAACCAGGAACUCUUGGGCAUCAUCUAAGGAUCAAUAUUUUCAAUUUUUUCAAAUGUGUGGCAGAGUGGAAUGUUUAUCCUUGACAAAUUGUAUACUUUAUUAUACUCUGUAAAUCUCAAAACAGAACUUCCAGUUUUUAAAUGGAAAAGGUUUGUGGAUGCUUUCAGAUGUAGAUAAUCUAUUAGCAUUUAUUAAAUUCUUAUGUUACUUAGGCAGGUGAUCAGUUGUGCUAAAUAUAAUUUCAAAACUGAAACAUAUUUAGAGAACAGCAAGAAGAAAGACCACAUCCCACAAAUUAACAGAAAAAAGGAAACAUUUGACAACUUUGUGUAGUGCUAUGGUAAACAGUCAAUGGCUUGAAAUUAUCGUCAUUUCAUAGGGCAUGGCUCCACUAGCUCCAGUGGCAAAAAUGAUCCUCAUAGGCAUCAUAGCAGAUAAAGCAUAACAGAGAACUCAGUGCCACCCCAGAGCUGUCUCCUUGGGUACACAUGCUAUUAGACCUCACUCCAGUCAGUGGCCACUUUUUGGUAUUCACGCCACAUCAUAAAACCUUCAACUGAGAAAAAAUGUUGCUCAUUUAAAAAAAAAAAACAAGUUGUUUAAUAUGCCCCAUCUCACCCAGAUAUGAAUCUUAAACUAACGUAAAUAUAAAAUAAAAUAACAGGGCUGUCUGGUAACAGAGGAACUGAAUGAACUGUACCAAUAUAACAAUAUCGUACAAAAAAUAAAAGGCACAUAGAACCAGAUAAUUAUUUUAAAUGAUUGCAGAAUGCCGUAUCUCACACUCCAUUGUGUAUUACUGUAGGUGUAAUCAUAAAAUAGCAUAUUUGUUUACAUUCAGACUGUGCACUCCUUAAGGGUUGUACUUCUUAUGAGCUCCACUGUAUCAUUCAACAGGUAACCAAACACUGUAUUGCUUCAUGGUGCAUAGGCCAGAGUAACAUUUUUCAAGGAUUACCUGUAUUCUUAGUAUUUCAUUAAACAUCUCUUGUUGAUGGAAGAGAUAAAUUUCAUAACAGAUGCAUCUAAAAAUAAAAUUGCAGCAAACCAGACAUGG